UGGAUAAAGACGCUGCAAACUGAAUAGGGAGCAAGACGGUUCCGGAGUCCGGACUCAAGUCCCCCAAAAAUCCCAAUCGAACCCGUCCGCCUAUCGCCCCAAACCCUCGCCCAGCUCGAGGUCCUCGCCGCCGGCCGCCGGCCGCCGUCUCCGUCCGACCGCCGCCAUGGCUCGCAACGAGGAGAAGGCGCAGUCAAUGCUGAACCGCUUCAUCACGAUGAAGCAGGAGGAGAAGCGCAAGCCCCGAGAGCGCCGGCCCUACCUCGCCUCCGAGUGCCGGGACCUCGCCGACGCCGAGCGCUGGCGCUCUGAGAUCCUCCGCGAGAUCGGCGCCAAGGUCGCCGAGAUCCAGAACGAGGGUCUCGGCGAGCACCGCCUCCGCGACCUCAACGACGAGAUCAACAAACUCCUCCGCGAGCGCGGCCACUGGGAGCGCCGCAUCGUCGAGCUCGGCGGCCGCGACUACUCCCGCAGCUCCAACGCGCCGCUCAUGACCGACCUCGACGGCAACAUAGUCGCCGUCCCCAACCCCUCGGGUCGCGGACCGGGGUACCGCUACUUUGGCGCGGCCAGGAAGCUCCCUGGCGUGCGGGAGCUCUUCGACAAGCCGCCUGAGAUGCGGAAGCGACGCACCCGCUACGAGAUCCACAAGCGCAUCAACGCCGGGUACUACGGAUACUAUGACGAUGAGGACGGCGUGCUAGAGCGCCUUGAGGGCCCUGCCGAGAAGCGCAUGCGGGAGGAGAUUGUUUCAGAGUGGCACCGUGUGGAACGGGUGCGGCGGGAGGCCAUGAAGGGGGUGAUGAGCGGUGAGGUGGCUGCGGCUGGAGGGCGCAGCGGGGAGGCUGCUAGAGAGGUUCUGUUUGAGGGGGUGGAGGAGGAGGUCGAAGAGGAGAGGAAGCGCGAGGAAGAGAAGAGAGAGAGGGAGAAAGGCGAGGAAGUUGGGAGGGAAUUCGUUGCACAUGUGCCGCUACCUGAUGAAAAGGAGAUUGAGCGCAUGGUAUUAGAGAGGAAGAAGAAGGAGCUGCUUAGCAAGUAUGCCAGCGAUUCCCUGCUGGUUGAGCAGGAGGAGGCCAAGGAGAUGCUCAAUGUCCGACGCUAGAAGACGAGUCACUACCUUGCCUCAAGUUUCAACAUUUGUUAACCUGGUUACUUUGGAUCAGACUGGCCAAUUGAAGCUUUCAUUGUGAGCUCAAGACGAGCACUGAGGUACAAGAAGGAACAUCUUUUGAAGUGCUGGCACCGGGGGGACCAAAGACAUUGUUAUGUAAAAGAAAACAGGUUUGCCUGAAAUCACAUUUUAUGUGUUUAAUCAGACUUGAGCGAGUGAUACUGGUGCCUGUUGACAAAUUUUGACGAAUGCUAAGCUUGUGGUAUUAUUGGUGUGCCUGUGUGCCCUGAACGAAGGCUAGACUUGUGGUAUUGAUGUGCCUGUGUGCACUGUAACUUAACUCGUAUCAUGUACAGCCAUUGGCUGCAAUGCACUGAUCAUUGAUCCCUUAAAAUUUCAGUGAUAUAGCAAAAUCUGAUCGUAUCAUCUCGUUUGAUGAUUUUGCUC